UCUUCCCCGAGUCUUUCCUGGGUUGACAGUGAGAGCUAUAGUUGUCCCUUCCCUGUGCCUACAGAACAAUUUGUGGAGAAGUCGUCCUGCGCCCAGCCCCUGGGUGAGCUGACCAGCCUGGACGCUCAGGGGGAUUUCGGCGGGGGAGGAAGCAGCAGCCCAUCCUCCUCCUCACUGUGCACUGAGCCUCUAAUCCCCACCGCCCCCAUCAUCCCCAGCGAGGAAAUGGCCAAAAUCACCUGCAAUCUGGAGACCAAGGAGCUGUGGGACAAGUUCCAUGAGCUGGGCACAGAGAUGAUCAUCACCAAGUCGGGCAGGAGGAUGUUUCCCACCAUCCGGGUGUCAUUUUCAGGCGUGGAUCCUGAGGCCAAGUAUAUCGUGUUGAUGGACAUCGUGCCGGUAGACAACAAGAGGUACCGCUACGCCUACCACCGCUCCUCCUGGCUGGUGGCCGGCAAAGCCGAUCCUCCGCUGCCCGCCAGGCUCUACGUGCACCCCGACUCUCCCUUUACCGGGGAGCAGCUACUCAAACAGAUGGUGUCCUUUGAAAAGGUGAAACUCACCAACAACGAACUGGAUCAACAUGGCCAUAUAAUUCUGAACUCAAUGCAUAAGUACCAGCCUCGGGUGCACAUCAUUAAGAAGAAAGACCACACGGCCUCGCUGCUCAAUUUGAAGUCUGAGGAAUUCCGAACGUUCAUCUUUCCAGAGACAGUCUUCACAGCGGUCACAGCCUACCAGAAUCAGCUGAUAACCAAGCUGAAAAUAGACAGCAAUCCUUUCGCCAAAGGAUUCCGGGAUUCCUCCAGGCUCACUGACAUCGAGAGGGAAAGUGUGGAGAGUUUGAUCCAGAAGCAUUCUUAUGCCCGCUCGCCCAUCCGUACCUAUGGAGGAGAAGAGGACGUGCUGGGGGAAGAGAGCCAGACAACCUCAAAUCGAGGGUCAGCCUUUACCACAUCUGACAACUUGUCGCUCAGCUCCUGGGUAUCAUCUUCUUCCAGUUUUCCUGGAUUUCAGCACCCACAAUCCCUCACCGCUCUUGGCACCAGCACAGCAUCCAUAGCGACACCCAUUCCACACCCCAUACAGGGUUCUCUGCCACCCUACAGCCGCCUGGGAAUGCCACUGACCCCAUCCGCCAUUGCCACCUCCAUGCAGGGGAGUGGCCCUACCUUCCCUUCCUUCCACAUGCCGAGGUACCAUCACUAUUUCCAGCAAGGGCCCUAUGCUGCCAUCCAAGGACUGCGCCAUUCCUCCGCCGUGAUGACACCGUUUGUAUGACUCUUUCAGAGGUGGAGCAUUUGGAUCCAGAAUGUGCAAGUGGGUUAAAAGAAUCUUCAGAGAGG